AUGUCUCUAUUAAUAAAAAGUGUAGUGCCAUUUCCAAUAUUAGCAUUGAGGUCCAUCCAAUGUACGGCUCCAGAGAGUCUUUGUAUUUUGCGAAGGUACAGUCACCAGAAACCACAGUGUUAUGAUAUAGUUGUUAUUGGUGGAGGCAUUGUGGGAUCAGCCUCUGCUAGGGAAUUAAUUUUAAGGAAGCCAAUGUUAAAAAUAGCGAUAGUUGAUAAAGAAAAUCGGUUUGCAUUUCACCAAAGUGGUAAUAACAGUGGUGUGAUACAUGCUGGUAUUUAUUACAAGCCUGGAUCCUUGAAGGCCAAAUUAUGCGUGGAAGGACUCAAAUUGUCUUAUGAGUACUUUGAUAAGAAAGGCAUAAAAUAUUCUAAAUGUGGUAAACUAAUAGUUGCUACACAAAGAUCUGAAGUGCCUCGGCUUCUUGAUUUAUAUGAUAGAGGAAUCAAAAAUGGUGUAAAGGAUAUAAAACUGUUAGACUCAAAAGAAAUGCGUGAAUUAGAGCCAAAUUGCAAGGGCUUAGAAGCAUUGUGGUCACCACAUACUGGCAUUGUAGAUUGGGGUAAAGUGACCAAUUCAUAUGUGAAGGAUUUCGAAGAAUGUGGUGGUAAGAGUUACUUGAACUAUGAAGUGAACAAAUUUACAGAGGCUGAGGAUGCUGAAUAUCCUGUAAUGAUAAUUAGUUCAAAGGGUCAUACAAUACAAGCCAAAUAUGUACUGACAUGCUGUGGCUUACAUUCUGAUACUGUAGCUGUUUUAACUGGAUGCCCAGAAGAGCCAAAAAUCAUUCCAUUUAGAGGCGAAUAUUUAUAUUUAGUACCUGGUAAAAGUAAAAUUGCUAGUGCCAAUAUAUAUCCUGUACCAGAUCCCAGAUUUCCAUUUCUUGGUGUACAUUUAACACCAAGGAUCGAUGGUAGAGUGAUUGUGGGACCAAAUGCAAUUUUAGCAUUUUGUAAAGAAGGGUACAGGUGGGGUGAUGUUAAUAUGAAGGAGUUCAAAGAUAUAAUUGGCUUUUCUGGAUUUCGGAAAAUGGCUUUCAAAUAUGCUGGUUUUGGGCUUAAAGAAACAAGCAGAUCACUUUUUAUUCCAUUACAAGUAAUGCAGAUACAGAAAUAUAUUCAAAAUAUUACCAGUGUAGAUUUUGAAAAAGGACCUGCAGGAGUCAGGGCUCAAGCUAUGGCCAAAGAUGGCACAUUGAUUGAAGAUUUUGUCUUCGAUUCUAAACCGGGAUCUGGUGCUAUUGGAAGUCGAGUGUUGCACUGUAGGAAUGCGCCAUCUCCAGGAGCGACCUCAUCUCUCGCAAUAGCAAAAAUGAUAGUGGACAAAAUGGAACAAGAGUUCAAACUGUAG